UUUCAGAGUUUGGCUGAAAAGUUCAAACCAAAACCAGGAAGCUGGAAUUGUGACACCUGCUUAGUUUCCAACCCUCCAGGAACUGUUAAAUGCCUUGCAUGUGCCACACCAAAACCAGGGGUAGUACCAACAACACAGGCAACCACUUCUACACCAUCCCAGCCACAACCAGCAAGUGCAACUGGUGGUUUCAGGUUCAGAGGAACAAUUUCUUCACCCCAAACCUCUGGGUUCACUUUUGGGGGAAGUGACAGUGACAAGCCUAGUCAAAAUUCUGGCUUCACAUUUGGACAGGCAUUUGGUGGUAGCCAACCACAAAUAACCAGCGGAUUCUCAUUUGGUAGCAGCAAACCAACUGGUGGUUUUUCAUUUGGUAGUGAGUCAACUAAAUUGGCAUCUUCAACUCAACAAAAACCCUCAUCUCCUACUGCUGUUGCUACUACCACUAAUGAUGCUGAUAAAAAGGACAAAACAACGAGUUUAUCAGAAAUGUUCAAGCCUAAAGCAGGAGUCUGGUCUUGUCCUACUUGUUUGUGUCAGAAUACAGCAGAACAUAAAAAAUGCCCAGCAUGUCAAACCCACCAGCCUGGUGCCCAACCAGAAGCCUCCAGUUCAUUUGCGUCUUCUACUACUAGUAGUUCUUUCAAAUUGGGAAAUACUUCAUUAGAACAGUUACUUGGAAAGAGUGAUAGCAAUGGACAACCAAGUACCACAGCACCUACAAAAGUUUAUGCCACAUCACCUGCACCUGCAAAAACUUUCUCAUUUGGUCAGUCAGGAAAAUCUCUGCCACAGUUCACCUUUGGAGGAGGCGAUGUUAGUGGUGCUGUCUCCAGCCCUCCUGCUUCUACUGGAUAUACAUUUGGAGCUCCAAAACCAACAUCUGUUGGAUUCGUGUUUGGCAGUAAUCUGAAUCAAAACGCUGCUGAAGAACAAGCUCUUGACCUUUCCUCGCCGAAGAAGACACCUGAUCAGGGUUGCAAAUUUUCUGAAAUGGCUAAAUCAUUCACCUUCCAAUUCAAAAUGGAUCCAGAAGAAGCAGCUAAUGCA